AAAAAAUAAGGCAAAGCCGCUGUCCCAGGGUUUAUGCUUUCUACAAUUGGCCGAAGAAAUCCGAUAAGCUACUUCGAAAAGCUUUAGGACGAAGAUGAGUGUUGCAGUCACAGCGACCUCUUCGUCUCUCUCGUCCCCUCUCCUGCUUCCUUCUUCUCAUGGGCUUAUUCGAAGACCAUGCCUUAGUUUGCAAUGGAGAAGAACCCAGCGGAGGCGAUUCUCGAGAAAGGCGGCGGCUUCCGGUGUUGUCACGGCGAAAUUCGAGCUGAAGCCACCACCAUAUCCUCUGGAUGGUAUGGAGCCACAUAUGAGCAGGGAAACGCUGGAGUACCAUUGGGGCAGACAUCACAGGACAUAUGUGGAGAAUCUCAACAAGCAGAUUGCAGGGACAGAUCUUGAUGGGUUGUCCUUAGAAGACGUCGUCCUCGUUUCAUACAACAAUGGCAGUAUGCUUCCUGCAUUCAACAACGCUGCUCAGGCAUGGAAUCAUGAAUUUUUCUGGGAAUCUAUCAAACCCGGUGGUGGAGGAAAGCCGUCGGGGGAACUUCUUAGAUUGAUAGAGAGAGAUUUCGGGUCUUUCCAAGAAUUCUCGGAAAGGUUCAAGUCAGCAGCAGCUUCCCAGUUCGGUUCUGGUUGGACAUGGCUUGCAUAUAAAGCAAACAGGCUGGACGUGGGAAAUGCCGUCAAUCCGAUCCCGAAGGAGGAAGACAAGAAGCUUGUAAUAGUGAAGAGUCCCAAUGCCAUUAACCCCCUCAUAUGGGAUUUCUCGCCGCUCCUCACCAUCGACGUUUGGGAGCAUGCUUACUACCUGGAUUUUGAGAACCGGAGGAGUGAAUAUAUAACAACAUUCAUGGAGAAGCUAGUUUCAUGGGAAGCUGUAAGCUCCAGGCUUGAUUCUGCUGUGGCUCGGGCCAUUCAGAGAGAGCAGCAAGGAGGACGGGAGGAGGAAGAAAAUCCCGAGGACGAUGACGAUGACGAUGAAGAGGCGGAGGUGUACUUGGAUACCGACGAAUCCGAGGCUGACUGAGUAAAAAACUCACAUGUGUAUAGAGAGAGCAAAGGAUUUUGUAGCAAUAUGAGUUGAGUUUCCUACCUUCAUGAUAAUCUGGUCUAUUUACGUUUCUCUCUU